AUGGUGUCCGAUAAUGAUAUCCGGGGCUGGAUAAUGAGCUGUAUAAGCGGGAUCGCGUGCGCAUUCGGAUCCAGUCUCAUCUGUGUAGAUGUCGUUGCACAGUAUUUUGGCAAAAAGGACUUUAGGAUAGCAGAGAGUGAUGUAUUUCUCUCAUCAUCGCUGAGCCUGAGUGGUGGUGUGGUUCUCUUUACGGCAUUGUACAGCAUGCUUCCUACCGCGAAGAACUACCUUACUCGGGCUGGUUACUCCCCACAAGCAGCAGCGUACACGCUAAUAGGACUCUUUCUCUCCGGCGUUAUCGUUAUAAACAUCUUUUCCUCCCUAUUACAUCGAUGGAUGCCGUCCCACGUCGUCAGCUGCGGGCACUCGCACUCACUUCCGCACAAGACGGAUGAUAUCGAAGAAAGCGCAGAGACGGCGCAUACGCAUCAUGAUAUCACAGAGAAUACACCUCUGCUACCACACGAUCACAACACAGUUAGAUCUGCGGGUCAAGAUACUCCUCAUCAGCAUAGCAGCACACCAUCUCGGCCCACCACAGAAACACGAACCAAGUCGUCGGUAACGGCCCACCUAUCCGAGCAGCUAACCCGCCUGAUGGGCGGCCCUUCUAAUGCUUCCUGUGCAAACGGAAAGUGUUUUGGUGUUUCGCAAGCUUGCGGGCUCGAGUGCGCGAAGCUCAGAAUACAAAAAAGCAAGGAAGACCUCGUACCUGGAGGAGCUACCGAAAUUACCAUUGUUCCUCCACCCGUAGCCAACAGUGAGAAUAUCUCACCCCGCCCUAUCACUCCUGAAGGGGCUAGCGAUGUCAAUCUUGCCGGGCAAGACUGCUUCAUUCAAUCAUCUAGCACCGCAACCACCGCAUAUGCUCCUUCGCCACCUUCACCGCGGCCCUCAGCGCACCAUCACCACGUCCCGCAGAACGCCUUCCUAUCCAUUGGUCUCCAAACAUCUCUCGCUAUUGCCCUGCACAAACUACCCGAAGGCUUCAUCACCUAUGCAACCAACCACACAAACCCUACGCUGGGUUGGUCCGUUUUUGUCGCAAUCUCCAUACACAAUAUCACAGAGGGGUUUGCCAUGUCUUUGCCGCUAUACUUGGCGCUCAAGUCACGGCUCAAGGCUAUCAUUUGGUCUAGCUUGCUAGGUGGGAUUAGUCAACCUGCUGGAGCGGGAAUAGCGGCCCUGUGGAUCUGGGGCUCAACCAAGCCUGGCAACAGACCUGGAGACGAUGGCUCACUCGAUGGGCCGUCGUCGGCGGUGUAUGGCUGGAUGUUCGCAAUCACCGCCGGUGUGAUGACGAACGUAGGACUGCAGCUGUUUGCUGAGAGCAUGAUGCUCUCGCACAGGAGAGGGUUGUGCAUCGGCUUUGCUUUCGCGGGAAUGGGUAUUAUUGGUCUGAGCUUUGCAUUGACUGCCAAAUAA